AGUGGAGCGGGCGACACAACACUUCUCUUCCUCAGUUUAGAGUCAUGCAGGACUCAGAGCAUCACAAAAACCCCCACAGACAUUAAACUGCAACAACAUAACCCACAGCACAGAUGUAUUCACCUUAGGGCCGGUCGUCGCUCGUGAACGGAGGCCAUGGCUGCGGGCUUUUUGACGUUUGUUGCACUGAACUUUGCCUGUUUAUGUGUCAGUGGAAACUUGGCCUCAGGAAAAAGAUCCUUCUCUAUAGACUACAAAAACAACUGUUUCCUCAAAGAUGACCAGCCUUUCCAGUACAUCUCAGGCAGUAUUCACUACUCCAGAAUCCCACAGUACUACUGGAAGGACCGGCUCCUGAAGAUGUACAUGACUGGGCUCAAUGCUGUCCAAGUAUAUGUGCCAUGGAACUUCCAUGAAGGAGCCCAGGGGGUGUACAACUUCACAGGAGACAGGGAUUUGGAGCAUUUCUUGAAUCUGGCCAAUCAGACGGGACUUCUGGUCAUUCUGCGUCCAGGCCCUUACAUCUGUGCAGAAUGGGAAAUGGGUGGGCUUCCAGCGUGGUUACUCCAAAAGCCAAACAUCAUACUUCGCUCAGCUGACACAGAUUAUUUGCAGGCAGUCAGCAACUGGUUCGCUGUCCUCCUCCCAAAAAUUAAGCCAUGGCUCUACAUCAACGGGGGGAACAUCAUCAGUGUCCAGGUUGAGAAUGAAUACGGAAGUUAUUAUGCUUGCGACUACAACUACAUGCGUCACCUGCAAACCCUGUUCCGCUUCUUUCUGGGUGAGGAUACGGUCUUGUUCACCACUGAUGGGAACACAGAUAAGGAGAUGACAUGUGGGACUCUGGAAGGAUUAUACGCCACUGUGGACUUUGGUACAGACACCAACAUUUCCGAAGCCUUCAAGCGGCAAAGACGGUUCGAACCUCGAGGCCCCCUGGUGAACUCAGAGUUCUACACCGGCUGGUUGGACCACUGGGGAGAUCAGCAUGCUAGGGUUACCACUGAGAAGGUUAGCAAAGUGCUAGGAGAAAUGCUAACCAUGGGGGCCAACGUCAACAUGUACAUGUUUGAAGGCGGUACUAACUUCGGCUACUGGAAUGGUGCUGAUCAUGACAGACGGUUCCGCUCAGUUGUGACCAGUUAUGACUAUGACGCCCCGCUGUCGGAGGCAGGAGACCCCACAGAGAAGCUGCUGGCUAUCAGAGAUGUCAUUAAACAGUUUCGAGAUAUUCCCGCUGGACCCAUGCCUCCUGCCACUCCAAAGUUUGCCUACGGCUUUGUGACUCUUAAAAAGGUUGGAAGCGUCAGUGCUCUCUUGAGCACCCUGUCGCCCAUGGGACCUGUCCAGUCCCACUAUCCUCUGACAUUCGAAGAGAUGAAACAGUACUAUGGAUACAUGCUGUACCGGACCACGUUGCCCAGGGACCUCUCAGAGCCCACGCCACUUAUCUCUCCACUGAAUGGGGUUCAUGACCGUGCAUAUGUGUCCGUCAAUGGGGUUUAUCAAGGUCUGUUGCAGAGAGACACAGCGCUGGUGAUGAACGUCACUGGACACCAGGGGGACACAGUGGACAUCCUUGUUGAGAAUAUGGGCAGGGUUAACUUUGGGAGCAAGAUCAACGAUUUCCAGGGCCUGUUGAGUAACCUGAUCUUGGGUAAAGAUGUACUGACUGAUUGGAAGAUUUACUCAUUGGACAUUGAUGGCGCUAUCACAGGGGGGUGGCCACAUUCAGCCCGUAAACAGUCCAACCCCCCCAUGAAGAAAGAACUUUCAUUUGGGCCAAACUUGUACAUGGGGACAUUUCCACCAAAUGGCCUGUCGUGGGACACUUUUCUCAAGCUCAAUGAAUGGACAAAGGGUCAGGUCUGGAUUAAUGGUAUGAACCUGGGUCGAUACUGGCCAGCCAGGGGUCCUCAGCAGACCCUUUAUGUCCCCGGACCCCUGCUCAGCUCCAACCAGCCCAACAACAUCACGGUGCUGGAACUGGAGGGGGCUCCGGCACACCUGCGGGUCCUGUUCAUGGACCGGCCUCAGCUCAAUGCCACUACUGACAAGUCUUGACAGAGUUUUGUUACAUAGGUCUAAUUCUGUGCAGCGGAGUUUCUCAACACCCAGCUCAGAGGAAUCAUUCUGCCAGUGGCUGUUAUAGUGUCUGUACAUGAACAUGCUCCGAGGCACGAUGCUUUGUUCCAUAUAAUUUCUGUAGCAACAUUUUAUCAUAACCACUCGAGAUUUCAGUGUUUCAUAUGUUGGCAUUUGUUUACUGCUCUGCAAUUCAGACAUUAUACCGUCAUCUGCUUUCAACUUGGGCCUGUGGAACAAAUGACACAAACAGAAUUACUGUGUAUUUUUAUUGCAUUUGAUUCUUUUUUAGCUUUAAAUAAUUUUAAACAUUGUGAACAAAUGUUUCUUUUACUACAUUUGCAUCCAGUUAACAUUCUGUUUAUUUAAUUUUAGACACUAAGGUGGUGUCUCAAAUCAUCUGCCAUAAUAAAAAAUACCUUUGAAAUGUG